AUAUUUCUCCAGCGAAAAUUUUAUUGACAUUAAAGCUGUAUCGAAUAAUUUACUUCCACCUCGAUUUGUUGUUCCUUUUGCUCGUUUUAAGCAGUAAUUAGGAUGAGUAUUGUGAUGGAAAUGAAUUAUAUUGCAUAUGGUACCAAAUAAUGUAUGAAUAUAGUAAUAGGGUUGUAUAAUGACCAAUAGUAAUUAAUAACGCAGAGAGUACCACACUCACAUUUUGGAUCAUCAGUAACUAGGUAAAAUAAUAAUUCAUGAAUGUGCAUAUCAGCUCAUAGGAGAAUUAUAACUAAUAAUGAUAUGAAUGAUAUUUUUGUAUAAAUGAACAGAUCUAGCCGAAAAAGUAUGAUUGUAUUGUUGAUCAAUAAUUAAGUCGUAUUUACGCCAAUAGUAAGACAUUAUUUUAUAUGUGUAAUAGUGCUGACGAAGAACAAGACGGAGACAAAGUGCUAAAGACAACGACUGAUUAUUGCUGUCUUGUUCUUCGUGGCUGUAAACAGGUUCAAGUCAAGAUAUUUAGAUAUAAAACAAGAUGUUUUUUUUACUUCGAUGUGGAGCUGUAUAAAAGGGAAAAGUUUUGUUUUACUGUUCUCAUUUUUUGAGUAUAAAAAUUAAGAAGUAGAUAACGAAUAUCGAAAAAUUGUAGUUAACGUUCUCUAUAAAAAUAAAUAGUACUCGGAAAAAAACAAAAAAAUAAUAUUGAUUCGACUCUACUCGACAACACUGGUGACUCGACAUACCUACAUUUGUUUGUAAGUUGUAGGGUUUGUAACAUACCUACUAAGCACAAUACGGAUAAUCCAUACGAUAUACGUGCAUUCGAGUUAUACGAUCAAAUUUCAUACUUACCCAAUAUACUAUUACAAUAGUUUCUAAAAUUUCUUACGACGAGGUACAAAAGCAAUGGUUAAAACUCAGUCCCAAAAUGUCAGUAGAUUCAGUUGGUACAUCAGCCGUUUUAUAGUAUUGUGUAAUAUGGUAAUAUAUAAUAUGGUAUUGAUCCAGCAAUAGCUCCAGCUGUAUUAUCUGUUGUCGAAGAAGAUAAAUUUCCAUUUAUAACUGAUGAAGUUAUGAAUUCUACACCCGGAUUAAAACCGAUUAAAUAUACAAUAGAAGAUUAUUUACGUGGUGAAUAG